AUGAUGGACGCACAGACCUGGCGCGUGGGCUGUCGCUGUCUCCUCCUUCUGGCUCUCGUUGGGUCUACCCGAAGCGAGGGCUUGCAGAGCUGCGAAGAAGUUAGGAAACUUUUCCAGUGGCGCCUGGUGGGACCCGUCAAGGGGCUGCAGGAUUCGCCGCGGGCAGGGCCUGAUCUUCAGGUUUGCAUAGCCAAAACCCCUGCCUGUUGCACCAGGAAGAUGGAGGAAAGUUAUCAAAUUGCAGCUCGCCAAGAUAUGCAGCAGGUGCUUCAAACAUCCAGCUCUACAUUAAAGUUUCUGAUAUCUCGAAACACAGCUGCCUUUCAAGAAACCCUUGAAACUCUCAUCAGACAAGCAGAAAAUUACACCAGUAUACUGUUCUGCAACACCUACAGGAACAUGGCCUUAGAGGCCGCUGCUUCCGUCCAGGAGUUCUUCACUGAUGUAGGGCUCUAUUUAUUUGGUGCGGAUGUUAAUCCUGAAGAAUUCGUAAACAGAUUCUUUGACAGUCUUUUCCUUCUAGUCUACAAUCAUCUCAUUAACCCUGGUGACAGUUCCCUGGAAUACUCAGAAUGCAUCCGGAUGGCCCGCCGGGACAUUAGUCCAUUUGGUAAUAUUCCCAAAAGAGUACUGGGGCAGAUGGGGCGAUCGCUGCUGCCCAGUCGCACAUUUCUGCAGGCGCUGAAUCUGGGCAUUGAAGUCAUCAAUACCACAGACCAUCUGCACUUCUCCAAAGAGUGCAGCAGAGCCCUCCUGAGGAUGCAGUACUGCCCGCACUGCCAAGGCUUGACUCUCAGUAAGCCUUGCAUGGGAUACUGCCUCAACGUCGUGCGAGGCUGCUUGGCACACAUGGCAGAGCUUAACCCACACUGGUAUAUGUACAUCCUGUCAUUGGAAGAGCUGUCAGAUGCCAUGCAUGGGACAUACGACAUUGAGCACGUGCUGCUGAACUUCCACUUGCUCGUUAAUGAUGCUGUGGUGCAGGCUCACCUUGACGGACAGAAAUUAUCGGAACAGGUAAAUAAGAUUUGUGGCCGUCCAAUCAGAACACCCACACAAAGCCCCCGUUGUUCUUUUGAUGGGAGCAAAGAGAAGCAUGGAAUGAAGAUCUUUAUAAGAAAUGGGGAAGAGACACUUGCCAACAGAAGAAAAGAAUUUAUCAACAGCCUUCGACUGUACAGGACAUUCUAUGGAGGCCUGGCUGAUCAACUUUGUGCUAAUGAAUUAGCGGCUGGUGACGGACUGCCAUGCUGGAACGGAGAAGAUAUAGUAAAAAGCUAUACUCAGCGUGUGGUUGGAAAUGGAAUCAAAGCCCAGUCUGGAAAUCCCGAAGUCAAAGUCAAAGGAACUGAUCCGGUGAUAAAUCAGAUUAUUGAUAAACUGAAGCAUGUUAUUCAGCUGUUACAGGGUAGGUCACCCAAGCCCAGCAAGUGGGAACUUCACGUGGGCAGUGGUGGCGACAUGGCUGAACUGGUCAGCGGGGGCUGUGAUGAUGAAGAUGGUUGCAGGGGAUCAGGAAGUGGAGAAGUCAAGAGGACACUGAAAGUCACAGACUGGAUGCCAGAUGAGAUGAACCUCAGUGAUGUAAAGCAAAUCCAUCAGACAGACGGUAGUAGUACUUUAGACACAACUGGAGCAGGAUGUACAGCAACAACUGAAACUAUGGCAUUGGCUCUGCUGGGUGCAGUGAUGUUACUUCCUGGGCUUUGGUAA